GGGGACAUUCGGACAUUCUUGGCCGGAGAAGGCAAGGCAAGUGCCAACUACCAACUAGCCCAAAUUGCCAUUCUUCUUCAAGCAAUGUACCCUGCCAAGUGCCGGCUUUCGACAGCGGUUGAUAUUUCUGAGCUCCCUCGGAAUGGCCGAUGGUGCAUGUCUUCGUACGAAAAGGAAAAGCUUCGCAUCUCCACCAAUCUGUACGCGCAGAACAACAGUCUUCAGAGGAAGCACAACAACACUGUGCUAGAGUUUUGCCAGCCGGCGUUCUUUGCGGAGCCGCAAAGCACGAUGCAAGUCUUGGACGUAGGUUGUGGAACUGGCGACUUCACACGGGACUUCCUGCUGCCACGUUGCCUGCCGUGCGCCAGGCUAAUCGGCAUCGACUGCAGCGUCGACAUGAUCAAGUAUGCUAGCCGACACUCGGCUCACGAGAAGAUAGAGUAUGAGGUGCUCGACAUAGGCGAAGACGUGACAGAAUUCAUUAGUCAUCGCGGACGCUUCGACAGGGUUUAUUCUUUCUACUGCCUUCAGUGGCUGAAGGACCAGGGCAGCGCACUAAAGAAUAUAGCGGCACUGAUGGCACCGGGGGCGCAGUGUGUACUCGUAUUUCCUGCUUCGCACCAACCCGGUGCAGUGUGGAGCCUUCUGGCCAAGAUGGAUCGCUGGGCAAAAUAUUCCAAGAUGCUGCUGCAGUUUAUAGUGAAGAGUCACUACAUGGUGGACAAGACCGAACAGAUGCGGUACAUGUCCACACUACUCCGUGAAGCCGGCCUGUCCCCCAAUAUUUUUGUGCUGCCCAGGCUGGUGACGUUUGAUGGGUGGUCCGAACAGGCCAUUGUCGGAGCACAGAUGAGUCUUCUUCCAAUGAACCACCUUGUUACUGACGACGAGAGGGCGCUGCUCUUCGAUGACGUCACGACGUUGGUUCGGAAAGUGCAUGGCCCUGAAACUGACCAGUCGAUCUUCCGCACGUACAUCAUCAUGGCCUCCAAAGAAAGUGGCUAAUGACCAUGAAUCGCUGAAUGCACACGCAUAUGUGGUCAGCUUAUUACGUUCUACGGCGAAAGCGAGAAUGGCGACGUGUGAAAU